AUGACCUGUUCAAUCUUUAUCACUCGUCAUGAAGAUGUAAACCACCUCACUCCGAAGAAGGGAGAAAAUGGAGAGAAUAUACCACCUCUCAAGAGAAAGAAAGGAGUAAAUUAUGAUAUAUCAUUGGCAGAGUUUAAUGAAAUGUUUUCCAAAACACCACCUCAACAAUCCGAUACUACUUCAUCUACAAACUCUGGCAAAUUAAAUCCAUUCAAUAGUCAUAUUGAAAGAAAGGAUGAUACAACGUUUUGGAUUUAUGAUCCAACAGAUUUUGAUCCUUGGUUUGUUGCAAGAUUUGUUGCAGAGGAUACAUCAAUGACCAUUGGAAGUUUUGUUGAAAUUAUUUUGAGUACAACAGCACCAAGAUUUUGUAGAAACAUCAUGAAUGCUCUACAAGUUGCUUUCAAAUUUUCUGCGGAAAUUAAUGUAAAUUGCUUCUUUAAAGAUCACAACAAGUCACAUCAGGUAACUGCUGAUUUCCUUAAAAAGAUAUUGUAUGACCCUCAUAUGGCAUUUAUUAAAGGAAAACAAAAGGAGUGGUUGGAUAGGAUGGAAAUGAUUGUUGAGAAAAAGAUGGCCCCUCUGGAAUUUCCUCUUGGAAAUAUUGACAUGAUACGAGACUUUUUCGCUUUUGAAAUUUCUAACAUUCCAGAUAUUUUGAAUGUAUUCAAGCACUUGAAUAAGAAUAUUCCACCAAUGCUCAGUGUGGCAGCUUUGGAUGCAAAUAUUAUGGAAAUUGGUGAAUUCAGAUCAGCAACUCCAGAAGAACGUUCAGUUUCAAGAAUCAAUCUCAAUGAUAUUUACUCUUGCCUUAUUGUUGAUAGAAAGUGUAAAAUUUGUAAAUGUAAAGUGGAAUGGGAUCCAAAUGCCAAAGUGCUGAGAAUUUCUCCUAAUUAUUUGGCCAAACCACCUAUCAGUGGUCUAUUCAGAUGUUUACCAUUCCACUCAGUAGCUGGAUGUACACUCCAAGUGUGCAAAUCAAUCAUGACCUUCCUCAAUAAGCCAUGGUCAGAGUGUAUGCUCCACUCGAGAGAAAUGAAUGAAGAUUUUAUCAAGAAGGUUCAAGAAAAACUCAAGCUCGAUCCAAUCAGUAUUGAAUUUUAUCAGUGGAUAAUGCAAGCAAUGAAGGAAGAAGUAUCCUCCGAUUAA